AUGGAUAAGAUUGUGAAAGUGGGAACAGAGGCAACGAAUGAGAGACAUGUCUCUCCAACAGCUCCACAGAGUAUUGAGACUCCAUUUUUUACUCCAAUUCAGACGCGACAGAUGGUAACAGAGGGAACGUAUGACUCUACAGACCCUUUGACUGAAAUCAUUUUAGCAACCAAUAAAGAGCCUUCGACUGAAAUAAUUUCAGCAAUCAAUAAACAGGAGGAUACACAUGCUGUGCAUAACACACCUUCCUCUCCAGUCUCUUCACUAAUUUCACGAGUUAUUGAAGAAACACAUCAUCUUCAGACAAGUGCAUCUUCACCACUUUCUACUCUCUUUGACAACAGGGCAGAUGUUGAGAUUGCAACUAGCGUUGACGCUACUUGUCGAAUCUGGUAUCCUGGAAAUGUAUUUGCUACAAAUCUGUGUGAUGGGGUAGAGAAGGUGGCAGUAACACUGUUUGCGGACCAAAAGAGAGUUACUGUAACAGCAGACAAAAUCCGCCCUAAGCCACCCGCUGAUGACAGAGAAAAGAAGUUUGAGAUGAUGGAUAAUGUUGAGGCAUUUUACAGUAAAGGCUGGAGCAGUGGACAAGUCAGAAUGAUUCUGGGUGAGAACACAUUUUCUGUUUAUCUGAAUAGCUCGAUGGAAACACUUGAAUUCAAAGCUUCAGAUUUGAGAAUUCAUAGAGAAUGGCUAGAUGGAGUGUGGAAGAUGGCAGAUGAGACUCCAUUGCAUGAGACGGCUUCCAGACAAGAUGAAGCCAAUCCAGAUCAGACGCAGCAGAAACCCUUGUACGUGUUCAUGUUCCCAUUCCUGACUUCAGGAUACUAA